AAUUCAGGAGGGAUGUCCUUGUGAAAGCGGUAGCUAUAUAGCAGUGCUACCCGUACUGUUGAGUGGUUUCCCUUCGCAUUAGGUCUGUGCUCUGUACGGCGGUGAUUUUUGUGUUUAAUUUACGAAAAUUACGAGUUCUAGUUUUUUUUUUACUACAUUGAAUUUAAAAUUAACUGUGUUAUGGAACUGGACAAAAUGGACGAGAAUGACUGGAAAUAUCAUGGCGAAGGGAAUAAGAGCCUUGUGGUUUCGCAUGUUCAGCAUUCCAGAGUACUCCGACUGCUGAAGUACCCAUCACAGGAUGCGGAGCACACCCAACAGAGAACAGAACAGGCUUAUCGACACAUUCACAGCAUUGUGGAUUUUAGUAAAAAUGUUAUGAAGCCAUUGUUGGGGGAGGCAUAUGUCCACAGUGGUGAAGUUGUUAACCUACCACUGGAAUUUGUGAGACAUCUGUCUUUGAAAGUUCAGCAAGAGAGACCAGAACUGCGCUGUGACAAAGUUAUGGAUACAUUUAGUGGAUAUGCCUUGUGUCUACCGAAUCUCACUCAUCUCAACGCUCGUCACUUUGGAGAUCACAGACUUCCUCUUUGUGUAGAAAUAAAGCCAAAAUGUGGAUUUCUUCCUUUUUCGGGGCAUGUUACUAAGGAAUGCAAACGCAAAGUGUGCCGGUUUUGCAUGCACCAACAUUAUAAGUUAGCCAAUGGAAAGUGGAAACGACAGAGUCGGUAUUGCCCCUUGGACCUCUUCUCAGGGAACAAACAGAGAAUGUACAUUGCAAUUAAACACCUUCUUGAGGAACCACAAAACAACUUUAAAAUCUUUAAGGGUGGACAGCUGAUCUUCAGUUGUACAGAUGGUGCAGAGCAGCAACCAGACUUGAGUGCACUGGCCCAGCAGCUGAGACCCCACUUCACCCACAGUACAGGUCUUUACAAGGGCCACCUGUCAGCCAAGGCUGUGCUGAAUGAAUUCAUCCAGGUGGUCAGCAGUGCGUUGCUUAGCAGCUGGAACUGCAGUCGCACUGGUGAACCUAAGAAGGCGCAUCCUGCUGAGGGCCGGGGUUACUGUGAGGCAAGUCCUGUUCACAGGGACCUACACCGGAAUGGUACUAACGGCCUGUCAAAAGACUCCGUCCUGGGCAGAAUACUUCAAGCUCAGAUGUUGGAUAACCUGGAUAUCGAAGGCAUUUACCCCCUUUACAAACGUGUGGAACAGUACCUGGAGGAGUUUCCCAAAGAAAGGAGUAGACUACAGCUUGAUGGACCUUAUAAUGACAGUUUUCUGGAGUGGGUGAAGAAUUGUCCUGAAGAAGAUGAUGGAUCAGUAGAGUAUGCUAUAGGAAAGGUUCAUCAGUACAGAGUUGCUAUGACAGCCAAAGACUGCUCAGUCAUGAUCACACUGGCACCUUGUGAGGAGGAUGAAGUACUUGAGUCCAACCUGGAGAUCCAGCCUUCAAAGCCUCGCCUCACCUACUCGGUCUCCAUCUUGGACCUUGACCCCAAACCCUAUGAUGCCAUUCCCUACCAGCACAAGCUAGACUCUAAAAUAGUGAACUACUAUGUAAGGAGCACGCACUCCAAACAGGAGUUGACCAGCUCUUCCAGCCUCCUUAUGGAGCGUGAGGACCGCACACUGGUGUUUCAUCCUGUAUGAAUCCAAUCCCACUAACCUGGCCACACACCUCUCCAUGUUGUGCUGCUUCGGAAUUGAGCAAUGAGAAAUGCAAAUGUUUUCCCAUAGGAAUUUGUUCUGUUUUGUCUCGCUUGUGUGUGUGAACGGAGAUUCUUUAUCUCCUACUCGUGUAUGGCCUACUUUGUGAACUGAAUGUAGGAAAUGUAUGUAAGCCUACAAUGUUGUAGAAUGAUUACGGUGUUUCUUGUGCACAUGUUGCGGGUUCCUAUUCUCUGCUUGCCUCUAUCUUGGGGGCUGGCCUCCUUGAGUAUAGCCUUGUGUGAAUGACCUGAGGGAGUCCAUGGGUUGAAUGGUUUGAGAUUUUUUGGGUACUGUCUUUUGUGUUCAGUUGUAUGUUUUUUGGUGUAUACAUGUGCCAAAAGUGGAGUGUCAGCAUUUCUAGGUGAGUGAAAGGGCUUCACCUUUGUCAUGUAGAUGUUGCAGGUAGUAUUUGUAUGGUGGGAGAUGUGAUAGUAAGGCAGGGCUGAAGCACCUUAUUGUGCUUGUAGACAGAUAUGUUCAGGGGUGUAAUAGUGUGAAGCACCAAUGCUGCUGCAGCGCUUGGCAAUUUACCCUUCUGAGUGAUGCUGUUUGGCUUUUGGUAGCAACCAACAGCAUCCUGUUCUGUUACAACAACCACAAUUUUGCUGUGGUGAUGUGUCUAGGAUUUAAUAGUCUACGAAGUGCUAUAAAUAUCUCACUUUUAGAGAAAGUUAAAUUAUGUUACAUUUAACCUAUGUGUGCAAAGAGUUGCUCUUUGAAAAUGGCUGGCUGAGUGGUUUACAUUAAUAAUUUCAUCAUAUAGUUUGUGGCCACUUGCAAGCAAACAUGUAUGUCCUCAGAAGACAGACUGUGAAUCAAGGAACGAGCAGUCCAACAGCCCUGUGCUCUGACAUUAAUAAGACUUGGUUUUAUCUAUUAUAGUCAAGACCAGUCUGAGACAAAAAAAAUAACAUUACUCAUGAAUUACUGAAUUCUAUAUUAUUUCAGACUUUAAAAUGUAUGGCUAUGCAUAGUCACUUCUGUUGAUGUAUACACGCCCAGUUUCUGUGAAGGACAUAGUUAAAAAAAAUAUUUGGAAUUGUUUUUAAGAUUGUAUUUUGUAACAGUCAAUACCCAUGAUGGCAGUUUCUCACUAGCUGGCAUUUUAGUUUAUUGGAUCACUGUGCACUAAAGUUUCAAAAAGGAUAAAUUUGUCCUUUUUAAUGGUCUUCAGCAGAACUGCGAGGAAUUGAUAACCCUGCUUUCGUCUGGCUCAGAAUAAAUUUAGUACCUUUGUGUGAGAAAUUUAAGAACAAGCUCUUUCUGUUGCUCCUUAGUACAUAAUACUGGGAGGUCUCCAGAACCAAAAUGCUAGUGUGUGUCUUAUGUACUGACAUAUCUGUAAAAUAGCUGAGUGCGCAUUUCACUGGUGAUGAAAAUUUGACCCAAGAAAUUCACAUUGAAACUGGAUUAGAUGUUAGUGGAGAGUUGCACCAAAGAGUUAAUGAAGGUGAAAUGAAAGUUCAGUUUAAAACGGAGUUGAUUCUUUCUGCUGUAUAUGUAAAUGGAGGGCUUGUUAAAUUAAAAAAGGAAAACAUCCCCCAGGUUAUAUAGAUUUUUAUUAGUAUUGUCAAACACAAGCAACUGAAAUAUUAUUUCACUGUAAAAUAUAAUUGACUAAGCCUCUAAAAUGAAUCGCAUCCACUGUGAUGCAUACAGUAGAAAAACUAAAAGGAUAUAGGUUUAACUAUUACAGAAUGCACAGUGAAUUUUACUGUCUAGAAUUUUGUAUUUAAAUUAUUUAUUUUUCUAGGGUCUUUACUAAUGGAUAUAUAUAUUUACAUACAGUAUGUACAUAAACAUAAUUGUAAGAGAAUGUACAGAUGGCAUUAAAACAUUUGCUAAUG